GGUAAUGAAUGUAUUAGUGAUUGGUAAAUGUAGGUGGGAUAUAUUCCCAAGAGCCAUGGCAUGGCUGUAGAAUAGUCCUUUCAGUGAACUAAUAAAAUAAUCCCUUCAGCUUCUGUGCAUGCAGUACCUCAAGGAGCAGCCAUGGCGGUUGAAGGCUGAGAAUAUAAUAGUGGAAAUUUGAAAAUGAAAUGUCAAGGGAAUUUUGUGAUGUUAUGUAACUCAAUGGUGGAUUUGUGGUUCCAACAUCUUAUUUCCUCCUUACAUCGUAUCACUCUUUUUUUCAGUACUUUCAAAUCCAAGACAAAUCAAGAGACUGUAGCUUAAGAAUCGAAAAUUGAUAUAGAACAGUAUCUCAAUUUUGAUUCGAGACUGUCUCUGGAGUUGCUGUGUUUCUGACUAAGAUGGAAGUAGUACUAUUCCUGCUUUGAGAUGGAUUGUCGUUGUCCAAAAUGAGAACCAGUACAAGGUGCUUACAUCUUCGGGGCAAAAGGUUGUAGAUGCUAAAUAUGUAGAUGAAUCACAGUUUUCUCCUCUGAUUCUGCAACUUUCUCUUGCUACUGAUCACAGAAGCUUCAACAACAAUGUGGCGGAACAAGAGGCAGUUUUGGAACCGUUGCAAGGGUCAAGCCCAAGAAGAUUGAGACGAAGGAGGAAAAGUAAGGUUAAUCUAAUAUUUGGUACAUGCUAUGCUACCUUCCAUGGUCUCCAUGUUAUUGGAAAUGAAAAGACUGAAUAGUGAUGGAAUCACUGGUUUAUAAUAAGUCAUUCAGUUGCAUGAUGUUCUCCAUUUGGAGAAUGACAAUUGAGCUGAAGAUACACCUGCCUUGAUAGAUCGAAAGGUACCUAUUGCAUCUAGAAAGUAUUGGGGUCUACCACUAGGCGGCACUGGAGAUUGGUAGUAGUAAGAGAUGAUUAUGGAUUCCUGAACACGAUUUACUAACUGGUAGCUCCCGCCUGCUCCUCCAUCAGGAUAAUGCAUUUUCAUGUCUAAUUGCAAGUCGAAGUUCCAAGUGCUGCAGCUAGACUUGAGGUUAGAUUAAUAUCGGAUCUCGAUGUUGUCAUUGUUCCUGUGACUUGCGGUGGCAUUGCCUUUGCUUGUGCUGGACAACCGGUGUAAUAAGUCAUCCUUUGCAUGUUUCUAAUGCUGAUUGGACAGCCUCUUUCAUUUUCUUCUGAAGUUGUGCUAUUUUAGCUGCUGAUGAUAUUUACUUGGCUACUUUUACACAUUUUAAUCAGAUGCUGAUGGUAAGUCCUCUCCUGCUAAUAUCUUUCAGAUUUUCAUAGGAUAUUUGCUAGCAGGAUCUGUAAUUGGACCUGGGGGUUUUAACUCUGUCAGCGAAAUGGUGCAUAGAUAGUUUGAUCAUGUAGACUAGGUGAUAGAUCCACGUUUUGCUAAGGCUUAAACUAGAUUACUGUAUUUCUUAAGGAUUAAAUAUUCAGCUGUAUAGGUAUUAGUACUAUAUAUUUGUAGGAUUAGAUAAAAUUGCUCUCAUUCUUUAUUUAGUUUAUUCACGCAUUGAACCUUUUAUCAACAUGACUUUUUCUAUUCAUCUAUGUUAACUUUUUCUAUUCAGAAUAAAUCAUCAUACAGAUUUUUUUUUUUUUAAUUUUCAUUUAAAGCAUAUCACAUGUUGUGUAGAGGUAAUUAUGAACUUAACAAUAAAUGAAUGCCUAAAAAGCACAUAUCACAUGUCAUGGAGAGUCAAUUUAUGAGUCCUAAUCAUCUUUUAUUGGAAGGGUCAUCAAUUAUUACUCACCAAGUGAAUUCUUGAAUAUAUGAGAAUAAGAAGAGGCUGAUAAAUGCCCUACUCUAUGAGUUCCUUUUAUGGAAUUCUUUUUGAUAGGGAAAAAAAAUCUUUAUAAAAUAGCAUUACAUAGGUGGUACAGUUUGCAUAAAAAAUCAAUAUUUAAUAUAGUAGUAUUACAUAGGUUGACCCUUUUAUAAGAUUUUGAUGGGAUAUGUACCUAAAACAUUAAUUGAAGAAACAAAACUUUUCCAGGCCUAAUUUACUUAUCAUUAUCUACUUUGUUACUAUGUAUAGACUUCUUUGAUAAAUUGAAAAUUGGGAUUCUUCAGUUUCAUACUUCCAGUAAUGUACAAUUGCUCAAGCACCUCAAAUCUGCCACUGUUCUUUUGUAUUACACAUUUAAGCAUAAUAUGAAUAAACAAUUUAUUUAGAAAAGAAAAAAAGCCAGCAGUCUAGUGAAGGAUGUUUGCUUAUAAAUAAAGGUGAACUCAUACCAUCUCAUUCACCUUUACUUGUACACUCAUAAGCAUUCCCCUGCUUUUUCCCCUUCGAAAACCUCCUUUCUUUCUCUUUAACUCAGCCCUUUUAAGAAUAACAAGUUUCUUGCUGAUAACAACAUGUACUAAUAUUCAUUACACAUGUCUUUGUUUCUGUUUCUUUUUGUUUUCAUUCACACAUUAAUUAGUAAUUGUUUCUUUCUUGUUGUUUUAACUAGAACUUGGCAAUGCCUUGUGUAAAAUUUACUCUUUAUCUUUUUGUUUGUUGUAGGAUGACAACAUUUCUGUUGACUUUGGUAGCAUGUCUAGGACAAGCAGUAUUGUGUACAACUGUUCUCAGCGCUGCAGAUGAUCUAUACGUCAAUAUCACAAUACUCCAAAGUGCAACUGCUGAAGGUGCAGUAUGCUUAGAUGGAAGUCCACCAGCCUAUCAUCUGGAUAGGGGACAUGGUAGUGGAGUUCGCAGCUGGAUUAUCUACUUGGAUGGAGGCGGCUGGUGCGACAGUAUCCUAGAUUGCCUUAAUCGUUCAACUGAUGUCUUUGGUUCUACCAAGCACCUGAAUCGACUAGGUUUCUUUGGCGGGAUACUUUAUAAUAGUUCCGAAGUUAAUCCAGAGUUUUACAAUUGGAACAGGGUGAGGGUGAAGUAUUGUGAUGGUUCAUCUUUCACUGGUGAUGUUGAACAAGUUGACCCUGAGUACAAGUUGUUUUUCAGAGGGGCAAGAAUAUUUAAGGCUAUUAUGAAAGAUAUAUGGAUCAAAGGAAUGAAAUAUGCUGAAAAUGCAGUUCUAUGCGGAACUUCAGCAGGAGGGUUGGCAACAAUCUUGAACUGCGACAAGUUCAAAUCCCUCUUGCCGAAUGAUGCCAGAGUUAAGUGUGUUGCUGAUGCAGGCUUCUUCAUCAAUGGGAAGACAAUCUUUGGUAAUUCAGAUAUUCAAGAGAUGUAUCAACGAAUUGUUAACCUACAUGGAUCAGCUAAGAAUUUGCCAUCAGCUUGCACGUCUGCUAUGGAGCCAAGUCUGUGCUUUUUCCCUCAAAAUGUCGUUCCAUAUGUUCAGACUCCACUUUUCAUAAUCAAUUCUGUCUAUGACACCUGGCAGAUUAAAAAUAUUCUUGUUCCUGAAAACCUUGAUCCUCAACAUGCCUGGAAGGAUUGCAAGAAACACAUAAAUAACUGCACAUUUAGCCAGCGUAUAAUUAUACAAGCCUUUGGAGUGGAGUUCUUGAAGACGUUUGAGGGACUAUGCCCUUCUUUUACGAGGGGUUAUUUCCUCACGUCUUGCUACUCUCACGGGGGAAUUCGUUCAGCAGCAUACUGGUUCAGUGCUAGCUCUCCAAGGUUGCUUAAUAAGACAAUCAAUGAAGCUGUUGCAGACUGGUACUUUGAGAGAGCGGGGUUUCAAUAUAUAGACUUGUACCCUUGUGCUAGAGACUGUUAGAGGUAUAAGUUAAUGAAAUUUUGUAUCUAACGAACAGGCUUGCAGAUGUUGUACCUGCUGCUACUUUGGUGGUACGUAGCUGUGGAGGAGUAGCUGUAAGGUGGAGCAAAGAAAGUUUUUAUGUUUUACACUUAUUUAAGUUCUAUUAGAUUUUUAGUAGGUAAAUUUCUGGUUGUUCAGUUUAGCCCGACUUAAGUUUUAAUGUAUUUCAGUUUAGUACAGUUGAGUAAGUUAAUUGUGAAAUUCAAUGUUGCGGUCGUGGUUGUAACUAGAAGGAUGACUGGAUGAGUGCACUAAUUUCUUUUAUUGUCAAUGAAAAAUCUUUAUCCUUUU